GAAUCGCUCUGCUUCGAACAGAUAAAAAUCCUGAACGCCAGAAACGGUGGAAGGUACUUCUUUACUCAUCAAGCUGGACUGUACAGCAACGCGUGGAAUUUUCACGUACACCACAUUUUGGCUUUAUUAUCAACUUGUGUACAAUUGUGGUUUCAGAAAAUCAUGACAUUGUUACCGCCAACGCCAGCGCAACAGAAACAAAUGGAUAAAGAGCUCCCACCUGAUCCAGAAAUGAGAAAACAGGAUAUCAGGGCACUUCGAGAAUGGCUUUUUAAGCAACCGCAUUUGCCAAAUCAUAUAGAUGAUGGCAAACUGGGAAGAUUUCUUUACAAUUGCAAGAACAGCGUCGAGAAAUGCAAAUUAAUCCUGGAAAGAUAUUACACCGUUCGAACAUCCUUGCCGGAAUUUUUCACCGAUCGUGAUCCGCUAUCUCGGGAUAUUCAAGACUCCGUUAGCGUAGUAGACUACUUCGUCUUGCCUUCGUUAACCGAGGAGGGAUAUCGUGUCACCAUCUUCCGAUUACGCGAUACUGAUGUGGAGAAGUUUUCUUUUCAAACGAUAGUCAAACGUAUCUUAAUGAUACUUGAUGCUCGUUUAUGGGAGGAAUCCUGCUUGUCUAAUAUUAUGAUUGUAGAUCUUGAGGGAUUAAGCACAGCACAUUUGGCGAAAUUUAUUCCGACACAAUCUAUCGUAAGACGAGCGAUGUUGGCAGUGCAAGAUAGCAUGCCUUUCCGAUUAUUUAGCGUCCAUUAUCUUAAUGCACCAUCGUUAAUAACCAAUAUUAUCAAUAUAUUUUAUCCACUCUUAAAAGAAAAGCUGGUUCAAAAGUUUUACAUGCAUAAUGGCGAUGAACAGGAAUUAUACCCUUAUAUAGAUAGAGAUAUACUUCCUAAUGAAUGGGGUGGCAAAGCAGGCACUUUUCAAGAAUUAAAUGCUGCGUGGCAAGAGAAAAUUGAAAAGAACAGAGAUUGGUUUCUGCGGGACGAGAAACUAAGUCGUACAGACGAGAGGGCUCGUUUGCCGGAAUCGAAAACAUCCCGUCUGUUAAUGGAACUUGCAGGAAUCCAAGGUUCAUUCCGAAAAUUAAACAUAGAUUAAUGCUAUUUUUAGUAUCGGAAGCAUAUUUUUGCGUCAAUAAAUCGAAGCUUUUAUUGAUCUUCAAAGCUACUUUUUAAUCCGAUUAAAUUGCAGAUAUAGUUAUUCUAGAAUUUUUAUGAACUUGCAGAAAAAUGUGAAAUCGUAUAGGUACAUACAUACAUGACGGAUUUUAUGAUA